GCUUAGACUCUAAGCCUCAGUUUCCUUUAACAAGCCUUUUCAUCCACGCACAACACAGUAACCAACCAUCUAGUCCGUGCCAAAUUCAAGCAAAACAUUUCAAAUAGUAAAAUUCAAACUCUGAAUUUGGAAUUUUAAAAUUUUCAAUCAGUAAGGCCGAUCAAUUACGCACGAUUAUACAAACUCCCAAUAGCUUGCCCGGUCGUCCCCACGUGACUCGGCGCCACGCUGGCCCGUCAUGAUACAACAAACUAGCUAAUAUAGUGGCCAUCCAUCUUCAAGACGCAAUCCUCACGACGCGAUACCACAGCUUCGACACGACAAGGCCGUCAAGAUGUCUUCCACUGCUACCAAAGGGGCCGCAGAUUCCGAUAAGCAGGAGUCGAAAACUGUCCAAUUGCACAUCCAAGCCGUAUCCGCGUUCGACUCGCCGCUGGCAAAGGGCUUCGCGUUGGGCCGCCCCGCGAUCCUGCUCGCAGCCCUAGCUUCGGGCAUGAGCUAUCUUGUUGCAGAUCCUACAUGGGCUCUUUGGGUAUCGCUACCUGCUCUUUCGCUGCUGCAGAUGGGAUAUGUUAUUACGACGCUGCCUGCGGCUGGUUCAGUAGCUGUUACCAAAUCUCGCCCCGGCGAGAAGAAGAAGAAGAAUGCAGACCCAACGAGACCAUUCUUUGUCUCCCUCUUCUCCCUCAUUAUGAGCCUCGUCGCGACCCCGGCCUUCUAUAUCCUCUUUGUGCUCUUUGGCGCCCCUUUCCUCAACAACACAUUGAGCACGCUGCUCUGCGCCAUACACUUGAUCCUACUCGGCUUCUUCCCCGUCUUUUACGUUCGAGGCCUACAUAAGGAGUCGUUCCUGGCAAUUGCUGGCGCCACUGCUCCGCUGGACGAAACGUACGGUGCGCUGCUGGGUGCUGUGCUGGGUGCUUGGCUCGGAGCGAUUCCUAUUCCUCUCGACUGGGACCGCGACUGGCAAAGAUGGCCUAUUACUAUUGUUGUAGGCAUGUAUGCUGGUUCUUGCUUGGGCAGUCUGCUGUGCGGCACCUUGUUGCAUGGCAAACGCCUGGCGUCUCCCUCGACGGAGGACGAGAAGGAGGAGUAGUAGUCGGAUUGGCACAGCAAAAAGACGCAUUAACGAUACCCGGGCACACCGCCUGUAACCAUAAUCACUUGUAAUAUAAUAGACAUUGUUUCACACAAAUUAGUAGCUGUACGUUGUUUUGUAUGAUGACUGAGCAUUACAUUGGGCUGUCCUGUGGUGGGAAGCAGGGAACUAGUUACAGCGCAUAUAAAGACAUGUCGUGCUGUGUGCCAGUCGUUGUUUUGUGCCAAAAGGAUGGUAUAUGUUCGAGACAAUCAUAAUUCUUCAUCUGGGUUUAAUGGCAGUCUGGCCUGUCGCUUACCAGGCGCCGUGACGGGAGCGCCAGAUGAUGGUGGCUGCGCUCGUUCCACGCUGUAGUGCGUCGUACCACGGAACAUGGGUGUCACAGCAGGGGCUGUUCCGUGGCGGAGUGGUGUGCUGAGGGAAUAGCAUUAUAGUCCCCUGAGUAGUAAUGUGGUUUUUUGUAUUGCAUCAUUGUUUUCUUCGUUGAUUUCACUAUCGAUCACUGUUUGACGCACCUGCAUUAACAACGGUCGCAGAAGCAGUCUUGAUCAACACUGUGUCUCCAACAAAGCGACGAUCGCACAACGGGCAGUCUCAACGGUGACGCUGUGGCUACUGCCCAUCGAUUGUCACAUCGCGAUGACCGAAAGAGCCAAGGCAAAGUGUGGCGGUGCGCUGCAGUGUGAUGCAAGACAAGGAUCCAGUUCACCAGUAGUUACGUCCACCAAGGCAGGGAGCCGUUGGUGUGGCGCAUGAGGAGAAAUGCUGGCGUCACCAUCACACUCUACUAAAUCAUGACUGGCCGAGGGGAGGCAUCCCAAGUAGGCGGUGAUCCCGUAACGGCCAAGAAGCAAGAAACAAGAAACAGAAAAAGAAACAGAAUGGGGGUCAACCAUGCGACAACGCAACCUAGAAUUUCUGCAAGGGCUUUUUCUGUUCCCUAUAGCGCAGCGCAGCCACUACAGGCCCUCGCCAAGCGUUGUUAGUUUCGUUUCCACGGACGCCCCCAAUGACGUAGCGCCAUCCAUGGCACAUGGUCAGCCGGGCGCCGAGAUUAACGCUCACUCAACUCGGAGUAGAUCGCGAGCAGCGCUAGGCCUUUCUUAGCGUUGCUUUGCAUUGCCGUGCUUGCUUGCUCUGGCUGUGGCUUUGCACCUCUUUUACUCGCGGGCCAUUGGCCCUACGCGAACCGCCAGCGUUGCACCCAGAGGACGAAUGCCGCAGGUAGCGAAGCCACUUUACCUUUUUCUUGUUGCCGUGCGGCAAAGCCAUGCCAAUGAAAUUCCCCCCCGGCUUUGGCUUUUUUUGCGUAGAAGCGUGGGCGUCGUAGUGUUGGAAUGGGGGGCUCGACGCUAACCACAGCUCAUGUGUUUUGCAUGUACCAUUGGCCAGGCACCCCUCCCCGAGCUACAGUACAGCUUAGUCGAUGGCCAAAACAAAAUCAAUACAACUACAGGCGAAUUUAUUAGAGGCAAAGGUAAACAAUGUGCGCGUAAUUGUUUUCUCGCCUCGCUGAGGCCGGCCAAGUUGUGGCGUAGGCACAAGAUGACG